CAUUGGUUUUGCAGCUGGCCACAAGAUGGCGGUUGAGGCGGGAAAACUCGGGCAGAGCUGGGUUAGCGGUGACCGCGCCCGGAAGCCGUAACGCCAGAGCAGAUGGUUCCUACUGAAGAUUUCAUUUUGGGGGCUGAAGAUGUGUUUCCUUCAGAGCGAAUGGUUGCAUGUUGGCAUCCUGAGGUAAGGCCGUGCCACGCUCAGCGAUGGAGCUCCGGUGCCAGUGCGUAGGCACUCAUUCCAAGUUCAUCCAUCCCAAGUUCAUUCACAACGUGAACCUCAUCCCCAGCGGACCUCACUGCAAGAAUGUCGAAGUCAUAGCUACCUUGACGGAUGGCCGGGAAGUGUGCUUGGAGCCCACUGCUCCCUGGGUGAAGCUCAUCAUCAAGGCAAUCCUGGACAAGGCAAAUGCCAAACCUGAGAUAGUGUCCUAAGACAAAGAAGAAAAACAUCCUAACUCUUGCAGCAAGGCAAAAAAGAGAUGGAGAAGCUCAUCCAGCUUCUGGCAGCUGACCUCCCCCUGCUGCCUGUGUUCACACUUCUAACAGCACCUAGAGCAUAUGGAUUCCCUGGAUUUAGAAUCACAGAAUCAUAGAAUGGUUUGGGUUGGAAGGGACCUUCAAAGGUCAUCUAGUUCCAAUGCCUCUGCAAUAAGCAGGGACAUCUUGAACUAGAUCAGGUUUUGUAGUUGGUUGACAACAGUACUUUAAGUAUUUUACAGAGGUCACAUUAUGUAGGAGAGGAACCACUGACGCCAGAAAAAGCAGGCAGAAGGAAUAGCUUGUGAAAGGAUGUGGAGACGAUCCUGGAAUAAGUUUUGCUAAACACAGCUGGAUCAGUGCAGAGCUUUCACUAAAUGACACCUUCCCUUUCUGCUGUUUAGGAAAAGAACAGCAGCUAACUCCUUCUCUCCAGGAAAAUAUUGAUAGGGGAGCAUCACAUUUAGGUCACUGCUGCUCAGAGUGGGCUACUGACCAAAAGAGGGAGCCUGCAGAGUUAGGACAUCAAAAUUCUGAGACACUGGGGUUUGUGCCAUCAUUUUCAAGAUAUUAUUUAUUGCGAAUUACUGUUGUGAAGGUCUAAACAUAUAUCUUAAUGCCAUCUUUUGGUUAGAAAGAGGCACGUUAUUUAUUUAUAUAUUUAUUUUUACUUACUUUUGCAUAAGGAUGUCAUUGGUGUUCAAUACUUAUUUAUUUAUUUAUGGGGAACAUUUUUGAUAUGUACCUAAUAAAUGUUUGUUGAGAUGUUUUCACUUCAA